AUGUUUCGCCGUGUAGCCUGCCGAGCCACACUCACCGCCGCCGCCGCGGCUGCGGCGUGUCAGAUGAGCACGACGCGGCCCCGCCUGGAGCGCAUCAAGGUCACGGGCAAGGUGGUCGACAUGGACGGGGACGAGAUGACGCGCAUCAUUUGGUCCCUCAUCAAGGAGAGGCUCAUUCUCCCCUACGUGGACGUCCCGAUAGAGUACUACGACCUCAGCAUCACCAACCGUGACGCCACCAACGACAAGGUGACAGUGCAGGCGGCGGAGGCCGUUUUGCGCCACAACGUCGGAAUUAAGUGCGCCACCAUAACCCCGGACGAGGCGCGGGUAAAGGAGUUUGACCUAAAGAAGAUGUGGAAGAGCCCGAACGGGACAAUUCGUAAUAUCCUUGGCGGCACCGUCUUUCGCGAGCCAAUCCUUAUAAAAAAUAUUCCCCGUGUGUUGCCAAACUGGCGCGAGCCGAUCAUCGUGGGCCGCCAUGCCUUUGGGGACCAGUACAAGGCGACGGAUGCCGUGUUUCCGCCGGGCCGGCUGGAGCUUGUGCACACCCCGCCCGGCGGCACCCCGACGGUGCGCGAGGUCUACAACUUCAAGAGCGAGGGGGUGGGGCUCGCCAUGUACAACACCCGCGAGAGCAUAGAGGAGUUUGCCGAGAGCUGCUUUGAGUUUGCCCUCAUGCGCAGGCUUCCCCUCGUGCUCUCCACGAAGAACACCAUCCUGAAGAAGUACGACGGCAUGUUCCUGGAGUCCUUCCAGCGCCUCUACGACGCCAAGUACAAGGAGCAGUUCGAGCAGCUGAAGCUGAGCUACUGCCACCGCCUGAUCGACGACCAGGUGGCGCAGAUGAUCAAGGGGCAGGGCGGCUUCGUGUGGGCGUGCAAGAACUACGACGGUGACGUCCAGAGCGACGUGGUGGCGCAGGGCUUUGGCUCCCUGGGGCUCAUGACCUCCGUGCUGUUUUGCCCGGACGGCAAGACGAUCGAGGCGGAGGCCGCCCACGGCACCGUCACGCGCCACUACCGCGAGUUCCAGAAGGGCAAGGAGACGAGCACCAACUCCAUCGCCUCCAUCUUCGCCUGGACGCGCGGGCUGGCGCAGCGCGGGAAGCUGGACGGCAACGCGGCCCUCGUCGACUUCGCCGCCACCCUCGAGGCUGCGGUCAUCCGCACCGUUGAGGCGGGGCACAUGACGAAGGACCUCGCGCUCUGCAUCCACGCGCAGGAGAAGCUGCAGCGGUCCCACUACGAGACGACGGAGGGCUUCCUCGACUGCGUCGCGGCGGAGCUCGCCCGCACGUGCAAGUCCUGA